AUGGCAUCCAACUUUUUCAGCAAUAAAGCUCGCGCAGCCGCUGCAGCAUCUGGCAGCUCAAAACCGAAGCCAACAGAAGGAAAGGAAGAGCAAACGAGACAACAACCAUGGGUUGAAAAAUACCGCCCAAAAACGCUAGACGAUGUCGCUGCUCAAGAUCACACAACCAAAGUGCUUCAACGAACACUGCAAGCUUCGAAUCUGCCACACAUGCUCUUCUACGGCCCUCCGGGCACAGGAAAAACAUCAACAAUUCUCGCCCUCGCCAAAUCCCUCUUCGGCCCUGCUCUGUACCGAUCCCGCAUCCUCGAACUGAACGCCUCCGACGAACGUGGUAUCGGAAUUGUCCGUGAAAAGGUCAAAGGCUUUGCGCGUGUCCAGCUCAGCCAUCCCACAGGCCUAGACGCCUCAUACUUCGAAAAAUACCCUUGCCCUCCUUUCAAGAUCAUCAUCCUCGACGAAGCCGACAGCAUGACACAAGAUGCGCAGUCUGCCCUGCGCCGCACAAUGGAACAAUACAGUCGGAUUACCCGGUUCUGUCUCGUUUGCAACUAUGUUACGCGGAUCAUCGAGCCGCUGGCUAGUCGAUGCAGCAAGUUCCGCUUCAAGCCGUUGGAUAACUCGGCUGCUGGGGAUAGACUGGCGCUGAUUGCGCAGACGGAGGGUCUGUCGCUUGAGGAUGGUGUGGUGGAUAAGUUGAUCGCCUGCAGUGAUGGUGAUCUGCGUCGUGCUAUCACAUAUAUGCAAAGUGCGGCUCGGCUGGUCGGGGCUGCGAAGUCCGCUGAGAGGGACGGAGAUGAUGACGAGGAGAUGAAAGACCAGGGAUCGGGGACUAUUACUGUCAGGACUAUUGAAGAGAUCGCUGGUGUGAUUCCGGAGAGCAUUUUGGAUCAAUUAGUCCAGGCGUUACAGCCGAAGAAGCUCGGAUCCUCAUAUGAGGCUGUGUCAAAGGUGGUCACGGAUAUUGUGGCGGAUGGCUGGAGUGCAACACAAUUGCUCGUACAGCUCUACCGACGGAUGAUCUACAACGACGCUAUUCCUGAUAUUCAAAAGAACAAGAUCGUUAUGGUGUUUUCCGAGAUGGACAAGCGGUUAGUCGACGGUGCAGAUGAACAUUUGUCUAUACUUGACGUCGCUCUGAAGAUUUCUGGAAUCUUGGGCGGAUCAUAG